AUGGCCUCUGUUCAGGAUGGGAACAAUCCUCCAUCUGAGAAGUGUUCACUCGAUGAGUUGGAAAGCAAAACAGCUUUACAUGUGGAAAUCAUCAUUGAAAUGUCUUCACUUUUCUCCAACGCCUACUGUGAUUUGCUGACCUUGCACACAGUGAAGACUGUGAUUAGCCGUGUGAGGCUUGUCUUGCGGCUUACUGCAUUGAUUGGCCCCGUAAAGGAUGCAAUUGCGGUAGGCCAUCCGACUUUGGCAUCGAUCGAUUGCCGGACAUCCAGUAAGGUCCUUUUUACUACGAAUUCGAAUUGCAUCACGUGUCACGCGUAUCUCACCACCCGUUUCUCCCAUCCAGUCAUGCCACGAGGACCGCAGCUAACCGAACAAGAACGAGGAAAGAUACUAGCUUACAGAGAAGCGGGAAUGAGUUGUCGGAUGAUAUCCAGUCUGAUUGGCAGGUCAAAGACAGUUGUUAACAAUUUUUUGAACAAUCCCAAGUCAUAUGGAAAGUUAAAACCCACAGGAAGGAAGAAAUCCAUAGCGGAAGAGAAAGUGGAACGUCUAAUCCUUUCCGAAUCCACCAAAGGACUCAGUGCUUCCCAUCUCAAAGUUGUGGCGAAUCUGGAAGUUUCUGUGCGAAGAGUACAGCAACUUAUUCGUAACUUUAGACAUCCGGCCACACAGGUGCCACGAUCCACUUCAAGUCGUCCGAAUUUGAAGACUACACAAGCAAUAAAUGAGGUAGAGAAUGAGAAGGUGGAGGUUUCGUACUCACCGUAUGUGGAAACUUACGAGGCCGUCUAG